AUGGAUUCAUCAAGAAUUUCCCUCCGUCCCUUUCAGCUCUCCGAUAUUGAUGACUUCCUGAAAUGGGCUAGUGAUGAUAGGGUAACCCGUUAUCUAAGAUGGAACUCCAUUACCUCUAGAGAAGAAGCCUUGACAUAUCUUGAAAAGGUUGCCAUACCCCACCCUUGGCGUCGGUCCAUAUGUUUGGAUGAUCAUUCAAUUGGAUACAUUUCGAUCUCUCCGGAGUCUGGUGAUGAUCGAUGCAGAGCACGCCUUGGAUAUGCGUUGGCUGCGGAAUCUUGGGGACAAGGGAUGGCUACAAUUGCGUUGAGGAUGGCUGUGUCUAGUGUGUUUAAAGAACUUCCAGAUUUGGUUAGGCUUCAUGCUGUUGUGGAGGUGGAGAAUAAAGGGUCUCAAAGGGUCCUGGAAAAGGUUGGGUUUUUGAAAGAGGGUCUGCUGAGGAAAUAUGGGUAUUGUAAAGGUAAAAUUAGAGAUAUGUUUGUCUAUAGUUUCCUGUCUACAGACACUGUUGUGUAA